AUGGAAGGAAGUGUGGCUGAAGGUAUUUCUACCUCUCUGCAGACAUGCGCUUUGUUUUCGCAACCAUAUGACUCCCAAGGCAUUUUUGCCAUUGAAAAUUUGCCCUCCCCCCCUGCCUAUGAUGAUAUGCAUGUGAAUGAUCUGGGGCUUACACCUUCCCCUGGGUCACAGCUGCUCAAAUCUACCGAUGCCAUCACCCCGCACAUGCGGGUUGAGGAGCACGGUUCAUCCGAACAAAAUGUGGAAGGAUCAACGGCCACCGAUCUUGCAGGCUUGAUGUCCAAGGUUCAGCCGGAAGGAUCACACUGGAAUAUCGACAAAGACAAAUCAUACGCGGGCCAAGAAAGUCCCUUGACUCGCCGAACGCAGACAAAUGCUGCAGGCGAUAUUGCUGUGCAACCCCUGUCGUUAAACAACAGCGAUGCGGAACAUAUCGACGAUCUCUUCUACGACCCUCUUUUCGAUUCCUCUUUCUCCUUCACUAACAUCGACACGUCUGUCGACUCUCGGAAACGCACUAUCGAUGAAGCUCUGGCCGAAGAAUUUCAAUUUUGGCAUCGACCGGAGAAACGACAAAUGAUCCAUGUAUCGCACGACGCCAACGCCACUUCUCCAACUGAAACCCCUUCUCUCUCAUCCCCGGAUACCUCGGUUCACUUAGAUCUGGUGGAAACAGGACCCGGCACACCGGCUGGGAUCGCUGCCCUACAACUACCCGAUCCCAAUCUUGACACAUUCGAUGCUCUCUUUGAUGAUCCCGCGUUUCGCGUUCCACCAAAUAUACCAGAGCUUGGAAACUUGCCUGGUGUGCAUCCUACCCCUCAGUCCACAUAUGACGAUUCUUUCUAUGAUACGUCUCGCCGCCAGAGUCUGAGCUCUUGUGGACCGAGUGAUAUUGAUGAGGGCCAGGCGAUUGGUUGUGCAGACCUGGCGCCUGAGGCAGAUAGCCUGGAAACCCCUCUUAGUGAUCUCACAAAGGAGCGAUUCGCCCUCGACGCUCGUGACGUCCUCGCUAAUACAGAUCGCGAGGUUCUGCAACAUGUUGAUCCUAAGCCGCAGUACACCUCUCCUUAUCCUCUGUAUGGUGGCGCUCUGGGGUACCUGCCUUCAGCCCCAGGGGUCCAUGUCAAGUGUAUUGAGGUCGCAGAUGAUCAAAUGAUCAAUCGUCUGUCACAUCUGAAGGCCAAGGUCCAACAUCUCAAGUAUGAGCGAGAUAAAUACAAGGAUGCCUGGAGCAAGUGGACCACGCGGGAGGCUGCGACGGGACAAACGAGAGAACAGAUACUUGAAAGGGAGAAUGCGACGCUUCGACGUGUCUCCACGCAACAUAAAUCAAGGGUGGAACAAUACAAGCAGGAGAUUGAGGAAUGGAAAGCUAAACACCAUGAACUUGGUGUAAUAUACAACAGCCUACUGUAUGAGAUUCUCGUUCAAAAGAAAAUACCCACCGUGGCUCCGAUCCCACCUGGAUACAAGCCCCCACGAGCACCACAACCUGCCCAAGUUCAAUCCAUUGUACCUGGGACGUCACUUGCUAUGGCUCCGCCAGCCCCUGCAUUGCAUCAGCCGAUGCCUGGGCCUACCUCGUCGCCGCUACCUACUCCCGUUGGAAGGCAACAAGCGGCUCGCCCAGGUCCACCUACGAGCGCUCAUCAUCCUCCAGCCUACCACAACCCGCAAUCCGCCGCUACACCUAGGUCAACCGGUUGUGGCACACCAAAUGUGCCUCAAACCGAAAGAGUGACCAUAGAUCUCACCGAGGACGAAACCGAAAAGUCGACGUCCAAUCUGAAUCAACCCUCCGCGACCCCGUCUACAGCGUCGCAGGCCCGCGGAGAAUUUCUCCAGUCAUUGCAAAAGAAGAAGUACAAUUGGCUCGAACAGGCGAAGUCAGGUACUGCGGAGUUCGAAGCAGUUCGAGCAGGCUCUCGCGCUGACCGACUCUCGGAACCGUUGUUUCGGAUGCCCCGGCAAUCCCUGAGCACUCCACCAGCACCAUGUGCGCGGGCCAAGGUACAUUCAGCCGUAAGCGCCGAACAUGACGUUCAAGCGGAUGCAGAUGCGGAACUACUCCGCGACUUGGAGGAUGAGUUGGCGCGGAACUAA